ACUGGUACGCUUGAGAGUGCUAUCAUUGCGUUAUAUUAAUAUGCGGGCUACGAAUCAUAUCGAUAAUUCCCCACAACAAACAUUUAAAUGAUUCUAUAAUUUAGAAAAUAUUUGAAUAAAAGGCACAAAUAAAUUAAGUAAAAAAAUUAAGAAGGACAACUCACACUGAAUUAUGCAAAAAAGAAUUGUGUAACAGCUCUUAUAAGUUUUUAAGUAAAUCCAAAAAUACAACUACUGAAUUUAAAAACACAUGUUAGACAGGCUCGUUCCGUGAAGCUUGUUUCCUGUUAAAAGACCUUCAGUUGGCACGCUGAUGACCACAAAGGAAAAAAGUCUUAUUACUACUUUAAAUUGACUGAGAUUGAAAUGGAAAUACAUUUUCUAUGAAAUUAAGCACAAACAGUCAAAUAUAAAGACUACUACUAUUUUCAAAGCUAAAUAAAUGUAGUAGAUAAAGUAACACUUGCAUUUUGAUUUCAUUUAAUAUUAAAUUUCAAUAUGAUAGUACAUUUCGAAUGCGCUGUUUUUCGAUAUCGAUAUUUUUAUCUUAGAAAUAUCGGUAACCCAAUAUAGCAUGUUUGUAUGUUGUAUUUUGUUUGUAUGCCUAUUUGCGUGAAACGUCAAGUUAGUGUUAAUGUGUUGUUUAAAAUUUAAUUUCGUUUCAAUGUUAUAAAACAUACUUGAUAAAUUGUUUUGAUAUAUAAUAAAAUAAAUUAUAGUAAUACGUUAAUAUUUUCAUCUGCUAAUUUAAGUAAAUACUCUUAAGACUUCAACAUAACCUUAAGUUUUGUAUUCACCGUCACCAGUAACAUGAAAACUUCGAUUGACGUGGACUCCUUACGGUCUGAACACGAAUCUGAAGAACAAUGGGAGGUGCGGAAGAUGUUCAUGCUCGAACACAAAGAUGACUUCGAGAAAGAGGAGCUGGUGACUUUAGCACAAUUAUUCACAAACAUCGAGUUUCUAGGAUGCAGAUAUCCACCACAAACUAUGAAAAGGAUUGCGUUACUAGCUGAAAAGGUUUCUGCUAAAUAUAGAGACAGUAGAAAGAAUAAAUUGAAGAGAACAUUUGUGCAGGCCAGUGAUGCUGCUGAGCAGAAAGCUAAGAGAACAUUUAAAAAGUAAACAAUAUGAAAAGUGACAAACAAUGAUGCUAGCCUGUACUUAGAAAAAAAACAGGAAAUAAUAAAAAUAUGAUAUGGCUGUAUGGAUGGAAGUCCUUUGCUUACUCUGGAAGGGUAAACAUAUUUAAAAAACUGUCCUUUUGAAUGUCUAAUGGUGUAUAUUGAAGUCUGCCAAUGGAGAAAAAAGGCGAUAGAGAGUGGCAUAUUGUAUGAAUACUCAUCAAUCAAUUUUAAUUAAUUACUCUAACAAAACUAACAUUCCCACAAAUGUCCAUAAGUUUAAUGAGGAUUAAGGUCCUCAUUAAACUUAUGCUCCAAUAAAUGAUCCAAAUUUGAAAAUUUGUAGUAAUGUUGCUUUAAGCUAAUGACAAAAAUGGAUGUUUGUACAACCGAGUGUUAAACUAUCACAAUUACUGUAAAAUUUCUCAAUAAAGUGGUACUUAUGUAUCUUUAUUAAAUCCUGUAAAUUGUUAUUUCGAUAAUUUCAAUAAAAUGCGAAUUUUAUAAACUAUGUAGUUUAUAUUAACUUUCAUAAAGACUUAUUUUGACUUAGUACUCCAUAGCCAAAUUACCUUAACCCUCUACUGCAUAUGGAGCCCAUAUAUGGUAUUAUAAUUUUGUUAUAAUUUUAUUUUUAAAUUGUAGUGUAGGUACCUAGAAAUAUGAUAAGUGUAAUUGUUCUUAGAGUUAAGGUAUGCAGGACGCCGCGCUGGCAGUCCGGAAUAAACGAUCAAACCGUACGCCUGUGUCUCAUUGCCACCCGAGUUAGAAUAUCACAUAAAUAAACCAUAAUUUUAAAUAAACGUGUUAAGGUAUGUUAUUCCAUUAAACAUCUACUUAAUAUUAAUAAAUCGCUAAUAAGUGUGUUUUUAAAACGUUUCGUUUCGUUGGCAGAAAAACAGAAUCGAAUUGCAAAUGACUUAUUUUCUAAAAACGAUAACAAAGCAACGCGUACGUCUUUAUCAAUAACUUUUCCGUUUUUUAACUAUUUUUUUUUAUCUAGUUGUAUAUUGUGUUGUGAAAAUAAAUUCUAUUUUCUAUUGUUUUCAACCAGUUUUAUCUCGAUUCUACAUAUAGUCUCGUAUCCACUAACACGUAUUUUUACCCGAUUGCGCGACGGAAAGAAGGAAAGAUUUGAUUGGUAAAAUUUGAAUGGGCCCCGACUGUGAGUCGUUCUGUUCUGAAUUAGAAUUUAUUAUUUGUAUUAUGUGUGUAUCGAUUAUAAAAGUAUUUCAAUUGUGUAGUUAUUUUGUAUUACUUAACAGAAUUCUAAACUACUGGGCUUGUUUUUUUCUUUUUAGUUUUUAUAUAAGUUAAUUUUUUCAUGUAUUUUUAAAAAAUUGAUUUUACAUGACCAGAUAGUGAAUAUCAUAACAUUUUAGUUUUUCUAAAAUUUAAUGCUAUAUUAUUUGUUUUCCUUCUAAUUUAUUUUUCCUUCGGUUUGAUAGAAUGGACCCUUGCACUCGUUUACAAUAAAAACCGUUUAACUAAGAUCUAUUCCGGGUGCCAUCACUUGGAAUAGAUUUAGAAGCUUAGCAAUGCUGAAGAUUUAGAUUCUGAAGACGUUAAUCUUUUGAUGCCUGUUUCAUUUACGAGACCAGUUAUAGUUUUCGUAAGUGAUAACGAGUUUCGAUGAAGUGUCCUAACUAACCUUGCUAUUAAAAAAAUAAAAUUCUGAGUCAUCGCAAAGCCCCCUCUGAGAAGAUCAAAUAGAAAUUAAAUAAGUGACAGUAAACGCUUAAAAAAUAAAGUUUUUAUGCAAUAAUGAAAAAAAAAACAAAUUGCUAAUUUCAUGAAUAACUAUAAUAUUUUUUCUGUAAUCUUUUAUAUUUUUAUUUUAUUUUUAAUUCUUUGCAUUACAGCAUGCAAUACUCAUGUCUAAAUAUUUUUUCAUGAAAAAUAGAGAAAAUAUAAAACUUUUUGAUUAUUUUUGUUUCGGUAUAUUGGUACAUAAAUAAAGCUAUUUGCACAGCCAAAGAUUGUUUUCUUCAACGUUUCAAUAAUUCAUGCAGGAAAGGGUGAAAAACUUUGUUAUUGGUCAAAUGAGUAAACU